AUGGCUGACCAGCGACUGACGCACGGCGUGUCCGUGGAGGCGAUCAAGACCUUUUUCGCAGACCUGAAGAGCGAGUUCCCCGACACGUACACUGAGAUGACCACGGAGGAUGCCUGCAAGCAACUGGUUGUGCCACGCACGCGCCAGGACAACUGCGCCUACGUCGAGCAGCUGCGCAAGCAGUCGCCAGAACACGUGAACAAGGCCACCGUCUUUGUGUCGCACGCAUGGCGGUACAAGAUUGCAGACGUGCUCAACGUGCUGCUUGAGUUUGCAGAGGAGCAAGCAAGGGAGGACGACGGCCAGCCCGUCUUCUUUUGGUUUGACCUCUUCAUGAACAACCAAAACGCCAACGUCACCGCCAACCUCCCACAAGAGUGGUGGAGCACGACGUUCAAGGAGUCGAUUGCCAACAUUGGCCAUGUGCUGCUGGUGCUCAUGCCGUGGCGAGACCCUGUUCCCUUGACACGCGCGUGGUGUUUGUGGGAGAUCUUCUGUGGCAUCAGCAACGAGGGCACAGAGGUCACCAUCCAACUACCCAACAGCGAAGAACAGGCGCUCGAAAACGCCAUCUUUGAUGACUAUGAAGCCGUGACAGACACGCUGGUGCGCGUGCAGGCAGAGCGAGCCGACGCCUUCAACCCGCACGACAAGCACAUGAUCUUCACGGCGAUCGAGUCGUGGGCGGGCGGCUUUGGCGCAGUCAACCAAGCCGUGAAGGACCAGCUGCGCGCGUGGUGCCUGCAAAAGGCGGUGGGUGCCGUCGAAGCAAUGCGAGCCCGAGGUGAGGACAGCACUGACGCCUUCGCGCGGCUGUGUGGCCAGGUUGGGCUGGUGCUGAACGAGUUUGGCGAGCACGAUCGCGCCAUUGCCUACUACGAGGCAGCCCUGGCAAUUCGGCUACGCACCGAAGGGGAGAAGGGCGAGAACGUGGCGGCGUUGUACAACAACCUCGGCGAAGCAUACCGCCACAAGGGCGAGUGCGACAAGGCGGUUGCGUUUUACGAGAAGGACCUCGCCAUCACGGUGGAGACGCUGGGCGAGAAGCACCCGAGCACAGCAACCACGUACAACGGCCUCGGCACCGCAUACGGCGACAAGGGCGACUACGACAGAGCGAUCGAGUGUUUUGAGAAGGCCCUCGCCAUCUACGUGGAGAUGCUGGGCGAGAAGCACCCCAGCACAGCGAGCACCUACAACAACCUCGGCAGCGCCUACUACAGCAAGGGCGACUACGACAAGGCGAUUGCGUUUUACGAGAAGGACCUCGCCAUCACGGUGGAGACGUUAGGGGAGAAGCACCCGGGCACGGCCGAUUCGUAUCUGGGCCUCGGCGUCGCCUACUACAGCAAGAGCGAGAACGACGAGGCCAUCCAACUUUAUGAGAAGGCCCUCGCCAUCAAAGUGGAGACGCUUGGGGAGAAGCACCCGAGCACAGCUGAGACCUACAACAACCUCGGCAACACAUACUACAGCAAGGGCGAGUACGACAAGGCCAUCCAGCUGUACGAGAAGGCCCUCGCCAUCACGGUGGAGACGCUCGGCGAGAAGCACCCGAGCACAGCCGACACGUACAACAACCUCGGCAACGCCUACAGCGACAAGGGCGAGUACGACAAGGCGAUUGUGUUCUAUGAGAAGGCCCUUGCCAUCAAGGUGGAGACGCUGGGCGAGAAGCACCCAAGCACAGCGAGCACGCACAACAACCUCGGCACCGCCUACGCCGACAAGGGCGACUACGACAAGGCCAUCCAACACCACGAGACGGCGCUCGCUAUUCGGGUGGAGACGCUGGGCGAGAAGCACCCACACACAGCCACGUCGUACUUCAACAUUGGGCUGCUGCACGACGACCGCGGCGACAAGGAGCAGGCCUGCGCCUGCAUGCAACAGGCGCUCGACGUUUUCACAAGCACGGUCGGGCCAGACCACCCAGACACGCGCGACGCGGAGCGCGAACUGCGGCGCAUUCGCGGUGACGAGUCCGAUGAUGGCGGUACACGCACGGCGGCCUCCCUGGGCGAGGAAGAGGACGAGCAGAAGCAACAAGAAGGGAGCGGCGAUGACCAAGUGCAAGCUGUGGCUGGCCAACAAGAUGCAGCAGACGACUCUGAGCCGCAGGAGCGUUCUCCACAACAGCAGCUGGCCGGCUGGCUGCGGAAGCGUGGGCGACGGAGGGCCGCCUUUCGCCCGUGCUGGUGCAAGCUUGACGACGACGGCCACCUCGCGUACGGCAAGUCCGCUCCAGGUACAGCCAAGCGACGUAUCCCCCUUUCCAGUGUGCUGUCAGCUGAGCUUGGCCAUGGUGACGAGGAGUUACACGUUGCUGUUCCUGACCGCACCUUCGUCUUCCGCCUGCACGCGCACUCUGACACCUCGCUCGCUGACUGGUGCACCGCCAUCAACAGCCGCAUCAACGCCUCCACUUGA